AUGCUCUUCUGGCUUCUAUUGGGCCUGGGGUGCACCGCAGCUAAAGAACAAGAUGUGCACCUCAUGAUGAGUCGUAUCAACGAGAAGGUGAAGUGCGACCUGUUGGCUAGAGAGGCGACAGAUGACAAGUGUCCUCCGUUCUUCAAUGGCUUCGUCUGCCUCCCGCAGAGCAGCGAUAGCCGAGGCUUCGAUAUCACUUGUCCGGGUUCGUCUCUGCUGACAGCGACAUACGAAUGUCUCCCGAAUGGGUCGUGGCACGAUGUCUCGGGCUACGAGAAAGUGUGCAAUCUGCAUCAUGCGACAGAAUCCUUCGCCAGCGACAGAAAACUCAUCGACGACUUGACUGAAGCCGAACAGAAGCGCUACGCACGUCCAUGGGAUCCAUACAGACCAGGAGAAGACGCCGAAGUCAAAAUAACUUACUUCAGACGGUGCCUCGAGAAGAUUCUGCUCGACUCCAACCGCACCGAAGGCGUUCACUGCGAGCGCCACUUCGACGGCUGGGGCUGUUGGAAAGACACUCCCCCUGGAGAAACCGCUUCGAUCAGCUGUCCGCACUUCGUUCCCGGAUUCAUAUCCAAGCUGAAGGCCAGCAAAGUUUGUCAUAAGAACGGAAGCUGGGCCUACAACCGAGCGACCAAUCGUCACCGCUGGGCCGACUACUCGGGUUGCGUGAGCGUCGACAAGCUGCGUCUGAGCGAAAUCGGAGUCAAUAUAUACAUCAGCGGUUAUACGGUAUCUCUAAUUGCUCUGAGUCUGUCGCUGGCGAUUUUCUUCUAUUUCCGUUCUGCGUUGCACUGCGUGCGCGUGACCAUUCACAAAAACCUUUUCGCCUCAUUCAUCAUCAGUAACCUCUGUUGGCUGGCGUGGUACAUCGAAGCCUCAAGAGAGACAUUCCUGGUCAACAACUCAAUGACCUGUCAGCUCCUUCAUGUGAUCACGCACUACUUUCUGCUGUCGAAUUAUUUCUGGAUGUUCAACGAGGGACUCUAUCUGCACACGGUGCUCGUUUUCUCGUUCGUGUCCGAGAAGAAGCUUGUAUAUUAUUUCUAUCUGAUCGGAUGGAUCCUUCCGGCGCUGAUCAUCGUCGCUUACGCUGUACCGCGCGCCUUGGACCCCACAGCAUCGGCGUCCUGUUGGACAGACGCCUCUACGAUCUACACGUUCGUGUUGAGCAUUCCGAUCACCUUGUCUAUAAUCGUGAAUUUCGUUUUUCUCAUCAACAUCGUCCGCGUGCUCUGGUCGAAACUCAAGGCGCCCGCUCAGUCUUCGCAAGAGUCUUCUGUUCCAAUCAAAGCGAUACGAGCCGCGCUGAUUCUGCUGCCAUUGUUGGGGCUGCAUUAUAUUUUCACGCCCUUCAGACCGGGCUUCAACUCCUCCUUUUACGAAGCUUACGAAAUCUACUCGGCCGUAACAACAUCAUAUCAGGGUCUGGCCGUGGCGAUCCUGUUCUGCCUCUGUAACCAGGAGGUUAUCGCUCAAUUCAAACGGAAAAUUCAACUUACCUCAUGCUUCAAGCAUCGCUACAUACAGUGUAGUACCAACGGUCACCGUCCCAGUACUGUAGGUAGCAUACUGUGAAUGUACGCGGUGCCACAUGAUCUUCUUGUACAUAGUGUCCAUACAGAGAAGCACAUCGACGCUCUCGAGCUGUCUUAUCCCUACCUCGGAUAUACAACGUUUCGUUCUAAGUUCUUCCCCUGAUAC